GACAUGAUGGUCGCGGAGGAGGAGAGCCUGAAGGAGCGCCUCUUGAAGAGCAUUGCCUUAUGUCGGAAGGAGCUGGAUACCCUCUGCAGGGAGCUCCAGCUGGACCCCUUUGAGGUAGAGGAAGAAAGCACCAUUCUGCAGAUGGAGAAGAAUUUGCGCACCCGCGUGGAAGUGAUGUUAAAGCAGAAAAGGGACAGGAAGCAGGAGCUGAAAACCCUGCAAGAACAAGAUCGAGACUUGUGCGACAUCCUCUGCACAGCCCCAUUCUGCAUCGACAGCAACGCCGUGCCCAGCCUGGAGGACCUGGACCGUUACCGGCGCCACUUGGCCUCCCUGACCGCCGAGAAGGAGCAAAGGCGAGAAGAGUUUGUCAGCAGCAAGCGGCAAAUCAUCCUGCUCAUGGAGGAGCUGGACCACACUCCAGACACAAGCUUUGAGCGGGAUGUGGUGUGCGAGGACGAGGAAGCCUUCUGUUUGUCCACGGACAACAUCGCUGCCCUCCAGAACCUGCUGCAGCAGCUGGAAGCCCGGCGAUCCCUGAACGAAGCUGUGUGCACGGAGCUGCGCUCCAGAAUCGUUGCGCUUUGGGAAAGGCUGCAGGUUCCUGUGGAGGAGAGAGAGUCUUCUGCGGUGCACGUGGCUGGGUCCAGAGCCAAAACCAGGAAAGCUCUGCAGUUGGAAGUGGACCAUCUGGAGGAGCUGAAGCUGCAGAACAUGAAAUCUGUGAUUCAGGCAAUCCGGGCAGAGCUGGCUGACUACUGGGACAAAUGCUUCUACAGUCAGGAGCAGAGGGAGAGCUUCAGCCCUUAUUACGAUGAGGACUAUACGGAGACCCUGCUCGAGCUCCACGAUGCUGAGGUGGUGAAGAUGAAGAGCUACUAUGAAACACACAAAGAUCUGUUUGAGGCUGUCCAGAAAUGGGAAGAGAACUGGAAGCUGUUCCUGGAGCUGGAGAGGAAAGCAACUGACCCCAGUCGCUUCGCCAACCGUGGGGGGAAUCUGCUGAAAGAAGAGAAGCAGCGAGCAAAGCUGCAGAAGACCCUUUCCAAGCUGCAGGAGGAGCUGGAGAGCAGGGUCCAGGCCUGGGAGCAGGAGUGCGAGGGGACCUUCCUGGUGAAGGGGCAGCAGUUCAUGGAGUACGUGGCAGAGCAGUGGCAGCUGUACCGCCUGGAGAAAGAGAAGGAGAAACAGGAGCGGCACCUGAAGAAAAGCCGCCAGAUUGAGGCAGAGAUGAUGUACGGAAGCACCCCGCGGACACCCAUCAAGCGGCGAGUGCUCGGCCCCCACACACCUGGCAAAGUAAGGAAGCUCAACGGCACGUCCAUCUCCAGCGCCACACCCAACAGCACCGUUCGUUCAGCUUUUGGGGGAACCAUCUACCACUCGCCAACAUCUCGGUUGCCACCUUCCGGAGGGAAGUUUGGCCAGGCUCGGACCCCCAGCCGCGUGGCUGCAAAGCCCCCCCGUCCUGGACACAGGGAGAGGAACAAGGAGAACGUGUCCCAGCUGAACGGAACCACCCUGAGCGGUGGGUGCACCCCCACAGCCCCUGCCCAGCGUAACCACAGCGUUAAUUCUGUUGCCAGCACCUAUUCUGAGUUUGCGCGCGAACUUUCAAAGGCUUCCAGGUCUGACAGUAGCUCCCGCGUCCUGAACUCCACCACCACCACCGCCUUCUGCUGA